GAUGGGAGUGUGUGUGAGAGAGAGAGAGAGAGAAAAUAGAGAUGCAAUCGUCGUCGUCAUCAUCAUCCUCGUUUAUCAUCAAACAUAAUUAGAUUCGAGUAUUGUGCAGUGGAUACAACAGAAACAACACUCCGAGGCAAAAAUCAAAGCACUUAGGCAUUGGAAGGGGGGCCGGGGUGGUGUCAAAGAGGUUAUGGUGUGGAGGAAUUUGGGGAAAACAACGACGAGGAGGAGGAGCAAGGUUAAUAAUCUGAUUUCAUUCCUGUUGGUGUUGCUUUUCUCAUUGAUGUUCGACGUCUUCUCCGGUGGUGAUGGUCGUCGGACAGGUUACGGUUUUGUUGAAGGCGCCGUUGGAAAAAGCGAUGGAGGCUCUGGUGCGAUUUUCUGGAUUACCGGUGGUGGUGUUGGUGCUAGUGGUGGCUCUGGCUCCCAAUCUAAUGUUGGAAUAGCUAUCGCCAUGACGGUCAUGGCUGGCCUCGCCGUGGCCGCUACCCUCGUUUACUCUAAUAGGUAAAAGAAGAAGAGAACAUUUACAAUUACUUCAAUUAGUCGUCCUAAUCGAAAUAGAUCAAUCGGAACCCUAAGUUUCUAAUUUCAUUCCCUAGGCUCGUAUAGAUUAUAGAUAUAGUUACUUCACAUAUAGAAUUUACUAGAAAAAAGGAAAGAUGUUGGCCUCACAACAGAAACAUCAUGUAUUGAGAGCACUCCGGCGGAGUCACACUUCGUCACCAUCAUCUUCGAAUUCGUCCUCUCCGACAUCGUCGUCCUCGUCGUCAUCGUGGAUUCAUUUGCGAUCAGUUCUAUUAGUCGUUGCUUCUUCAUCAUCAUCCUCACCAAUUUCUACUACUAGGGGUCACCUUCAAUCCCCAUGGUCAAAAAGGAGAAGAAAACAUGCUCUUCAGCCAAAACAAUGGAAAGCUUUAUUUGAUGAAGAUGGAAGACUAUGUGAUGGCGGAGUAAAGUUCUUGAAGAAAGUUAGAAGUGGAGGUAUUCAUCCUAGCUUAAGAGCAGAAGUUUGGCCCUUCCUUCUUGGAGUUUAUGAUCUUAAAAGUUCAAAAGAAGAACGAGAUGCUGUUAAAACUAAGAACAAGAAAGAAUACGAAAAUCUUAGAAAACAGUGCCAACAAACUUACAUACGAAGAGAUAACAGCACUAACGACAUAAGUGACACCAACCAUGAUGAUGUCAGCAACACCAACAAUAGUGGUGAAGUUGUGGACACAGAUUCCCAACAAGUAAAAGAAGAAAUCAGUGCCACCACCGCCACCACCACCAACAACAAAGAGGACAGCAAAGAUGGUGAUGAUGUAAGCGAAGUGACUACCAAAACCGACACAUGUUCAUCUGAUUCUGACUCCUCUGAAGAAACCGACAACAUGGAACCCUCUCCCGCCACACCACAAAAACCGAAAACCACAGAAGAAGUCAAAAGUAAAACCUCACUUCCAUACAGAUCUGAAAGUUUCGCCACGUGGCAAAGAAUCAUCCGGCUGGACGCCAUCCGGGCGAACGAUGAAUGGAUCGUGUACUCUCCAUCACAGGCAUUGGUUUCGGUAACAAAAGCACAAGAAUUAGCAAAAAGCGUAGUCCUAAAAGACUACACUCAUCUCGAAACAUGCAGAGUCUUCCAUGCUGCACGUUUAGUUUCAAUUCUAGAAGCGUACGCGUUAUACGACUCAGAAAUCGGCUACUGUCAAGGAAUGAGCGACCUUCUCUCUCCAAUCAUCUCAGUGGUGGAGGACGACAGCGAGGCGUUCUGGUGCUUUGUUGGGUUCAUGAAAAAAGCGCGCCAUAACUUCCGGUUAGACGAGGUGGGGAUCCGGCGGCAGUUGAAUAUUGUUUCCAAGAUUAUUAAAGGGAAGGAUUCGCAUCUGUACAGACACCUGGAGGAGCUGCAGGCGGAGGAUUGUUUCUUUGUGUAUAGGAUGGUGGUGGUUUUGUUCAGACGGGAGUUGAAUUUUGAACAGACGUUGUGUCUGUGGGAGGUGAUGUGGGCGGAUCAGACGGCCAUCCGGGCGGGGAUUACGAAAUCCGGGUGGGGGAGGAUGAGGCUGCGGGCCCCACCCACGGAUGAUCUGUUGCUGUAUGCGAUUGCGGCGUGUGUGUUGCAGAAGAGGAAGAUGAUAAUAGAGAAGUAUAGCAGUAUGGAUGAGAUAUUGAGGGAGUGUAAUAGCAUGGCUGGACAUUUGGAUGUUUGGAAGCUUCUGGAUGAUGCACAUGAUUUGGUGGUAACUCUUCAUGACAAGAUUUAGAACAACUUGCUUUUCUUAAAUUUCUUCUUUUUAUUUACAAAAAAAUGUCUGUCUGUCUGUCUGUAUCUGGUUUUGAAUAAGUUACGGAUAUUCCUCAACUUUUGUGCCCGCACUCAUCCCAACUGAGUGAUGGUGGCUUUUUUCUAAAACUAAUUCUCACAAAUGUUUGUUGUUCUCGGAGAAUGAUUAGAAUUUGUCAAAAAAAUUCUGAGAUAUUUUAUCCACAACUAUGGUCAUGGAGAAGUUAUUGUAUUGUUGUCCUUUGUUUCUGCUUUUGGAAAACCAUAUGCUUUUCGUUUUACUAAUAUGUCUUGGAGUUGGAUGAAUGACAG